AGGGGUGGAUGGAUGUGGUGCGGGGUGGGGCCAAGAAGCGGCCGUGGGAUGCAGUUGUGAGGAGGUUUCGAAGAUGUGCACCAAAGGAUGUGACCCAGGGAGGUAAGGCGUUCAAAGGGCAGCGGGAUGAAAUUCCACCCUUCAUCCGGGGGAACAAAACAGGUAAAAGACCAAGGCCGGAGUGAUCGGAGUUGUCCCGACCACGCCUACCUGACGGGCAUCCAACCAGAGUGGGGGGCGGGUCUAACCCGAGCGAGUGGAGAGAAAAAUUGUAAAGAUUUGAGGGCCCUUAAAUUUCGUAGUAGGAGCAACUGGGAGAAAAUCUGCGGUACCAAGGAGGAGAAGUCCUCUAGAGAAAGGAGGGAUCAAUUACAACUUCCCCAAAAACGUUGCGCUCUGCGAGAGAAGGAAUUACAGCAAAGGGGCGAAGUGGGGAAGAGUGGGAUCCUCCAGGCAGGGGCACGAGAAGGCCUCGGAGCGUGUGCUGAGCGUGUUUCAUACAUUGGGCCGAAAGAGGGAGAGAAGAGUAACAGAGGCAAGCCGGAAACCAAGUGGCAUCCAGGACUCCGGCCUCCUUCCACACGCAGACUGGCACGCCCAGGAGCUGUGGAGUCCAACACGGGCUCCGAGCCUCCGAAGUGCUUCUCUCGUUCGGCCGUGAGCGAACCCAGGAGGGGAAAAGGGGAGGAAGAGGAAAAGGCGCGUGCUCCAAGGCCCCCCGCCGCGCGCCCGCGCCAAGAGUAG